UGCUGUGGCAACCGCAGUAAACGGAGUCCUUGGGCAGGUGUGACUAGAAACCAGCUGCUGUGGUGAACACCUCUGAGAACAUGAAGGAGCCAGGUGACCAGGACACCGAUGGGGGAAGAUCAGGGUCAAGGAGUGAGGGAAAGCAGUCUUCUAGGUCCACUUCGAAAGCUGCAGAAGACAUCACAGAUGACCUCUUUACUGAGGGGGCGGAGUCAUUUUUGGACGAUGACUUGGAUUUGGAGGAUAUGAACGAAAGCUCACAUUCAUCUCAAGAGUACUUUUACACUCCUGUGGUUCCCCAGGAGCCUCCGCCUGAACCUAAGGAAGAACCAGAAGAGGUAAAGAAGAAGCUCUCAGAGACCUUCUACUACGACUACCUCGAGCUCAUCUCCACACCAUAUGUGUCUUCACCAGAUAGGAUCCCGCUUUAUUUCCUCGCCCUCAACCAUUCUUUUGGUUAUGACUGCAAAAGGCGAGCCAACCUACAGCUUCUGGACAACAACACGUUGAUGUACAUCGCUGGGAACCAAAUGGUCCUGCUGGACUUUAGAAACAAGACGCAAAUGUACCUGCAGAGUAGCAGUGGCCAAGGGAUCGGUGCCAUUGGGGUUCAUCCAGAUAAAACUUACUUCGCAGUCGCCGAAAAGGGAAGUUUUCCAAAGAUUAUCAUCUACGAGUACCCUUCUCUGAAGCCCUACAGAAUCUUGCAAGACGGGACAGAGAAGGCCUAUGCUUAUGUAGACUUUAACAACGAGGGGAACCUGCUGGCCUCUGUCGGCUGUCAUCCUGAUUACACAAUAACCAUCUGGGACUGGAAAGGCGAGCAGCCCAUACUGAGGACAAAAGCGUUCUCUCAGGACGUCUUCAAGGUCACUUUCAAUCCUGAUAAUGAUGAGCAGUUAACUACAUCGGGAUCCGGCCACAUCAAGUUCUGGGAGAUGGCUUUUACAUUCACUGGUCUCAAGCUGCAAGGAUCACUUGGGCGAUUUGGAAAGACAUCCACUACUGACAUAGAGGGCUAUGCAGAGCUUCCAGACGGGAAGGUACUCUCAGGGUCAGAAUGGGGCAACCUGCUGCUUUGGGAAGGCAGCCUCAUCAAGGUGGAACUCUGCCGGACUGGCAUGAAGUCUUGUCACAAUGGUUCCAUUAACCAGAUAAUGCUGGAUGAGGGGGAAGUCAUCACUGCCGGGUCAGAUGGCAGUGUUAGGAUAUGGGACUUUGAGACUAUCGACACUGCUGACGUCAUAGAUGACAGCGGGUUGUUAGAGAUAGAGCCCAUUAAUGAACUUCACGUAGACAAGAGCGUCAACCUCUUCUCAAUGAUCAAGAUGAAUGAAGUUGGAAAUAACUUCUGGCUGGCUCAGGAUGCCAAUGGAGCCAUAUGGAAGCUUGACCUUAGCUUUUCAAAUAUCACCCAGGAUCCAGAAUGCCUCUUCUCUUUCCAUUCUGGAGCCAUUGCAGCCUUGGAUGUUUCCCCUCUUACUUACCUCAUGGCCACAACUGCCUUAGAUUGCUCCGUUCGUGUCUAUGAUUUUGCUAGUAAAAACCUUCUGGUUCAGAUGAAAUUCAAACAAGGGGGCACCACCCUCAUUUGGGCACCUCUGACAGUAAGCAUUUCUGGAUCACAGAUCGUAGUAGGAUUCCAAGAUGGCGUCGUCCGAAUUCUUGAACUCUUUGAUCCAAAAGGACUUACGGUUUUUGCUGGACGGAAGAAACUCUCAGAUGCCGAGUUACACUUGAAAUAUGUCUUCAAACCUCACACUGAAGUAGUUACGGCUUUAGCUUAUGAACGUGAUGGGGAGGUCUUAGCCACUGGGAGUGAUGACAAGACUGUCUUCUUUUUUGAUGUGGAGAAGGAAUACAAGCCGAUUGGUUAUUAUAACGCUCCUGGGCCCAUUUGCCAGUUGAUGUGGUCUCCACACAGUCACCCUGACAGCACUUUAUUGAUCAUCUGUGGGAACGGCUAUAUUCUCGAAUGUGUAUGCCCAACCAUUAAGGAUGUAGAUGAUCAGAACCUUGUCACGUUUGCUAUCCCGGACAUGUUAGUCAGAUGCUUCCAUUUCACGAGUGUCAAAUCUAAGAUUUUGAGAUAUAUGGAAGUACAAAGGAGAGAAAAACAAAAGGAGUUGAGGGAGAAGGAAAGGGAAGAAAGGAAGAGGAGGCUGACGGAAGAGAAGGAAGCCCUCGGAGAACAGGAAAUACAGGAGGAGGAGGAGGAGGAGGAGGAGGCCAGUGAGGAGGAGGAGGAGGAAGAGGAGGAGGAGCCGCUGCCUGAGCUCUUCACCCCACCCACACCCUCUCCUAUCCUCUGCGGCUUUUACUCGGUGCCAGGGCAGUUCUGGGUGUCCUUGGGCAACUAUGAUUCUGGUUUUCUAUAUCACUGUCAGUUUCCGUCACAUCUCGUUAAAGAUGAUUUUGAAAAACUGGAAAAUGAACCAUAUGAUUUCCGAAUUCUUGAGAAUACAGAUGACAACCCCAUCAGAACAAUCACUUUCAGUAGUAACUAUACUAUGAUGUUCUGCGGAAUGAAAAAUGGAGCAAUUCGAACAUAUUUCCUAAGUGAGAACGACCCCUACCUGGUCAGUUUGCAGGACUACUGGCAUUUCAACGUGCAUGACAAUAAUUAUGGAUCUGUUAAAAGUAUCUUUCCUAGUUUUGAUGACCAGUACUUGGUGACUGCCGGAGAAGAUGGUAAUAUCUUUGUUUUUGACAUUUUUUCUGAAUUUGUUAUUCAGAAAGAGGCCAAAGCCCAUGUGCCAUCUCCCAGGUAUGGGAUUGAAACAGAGGUCGCUCCAGAAGACAUUGAUGAUCCCAAAGCCUACAGUAUUGAGAAUGCCAGGAGGAAACGAGAGCAUGAUAAGUUGAUGAAGAAGGUAGAAGAACUAAAAGCUCAGAAGAGACAACAAAUCAAAAUUCUGAGGAAUGAGUUUUGGAAGCUGUUAGCACUGAAUAAAGAGUUACCAAAGCAUAUGCAGUUCCAUCGGACUGAAUUCAACAUCGAUGCUAAAAUUCACGCUGAGAUCCACAAGAAAACAAGUGUCAAAAUCGAGCAAGUGGAAAAGGAACUGGCUUGGGAAAAGCAGAAGUACGAGCUCGGCCUGAAGAAGGUCCAGGACAGAUUUCGUGAACCAUUGGAAAGUGACACCGUUGUGGUUUACGCCAUCCAGAGUGACCACCAGAUAGCCUCCUAUAGGCUGGUGAAGCCCUCUAAGUAUUCCAAGUUAAAACGUCCAAGUCAGACUGACAGAAGACCUAGUAAAAUGGAGAGGUUCGAAAAGGAAGGGCCUGGCAAGAGGGAGAGCCAAAGAGAUACAGGUGGAAGUCUGAGCCUACAAGAAGAAGUAGUAUUGGAAAAAGGGAAGAAAGCUCGGCCUAGAACUUUAAGUGAAAUUAUGGUAGAAAACCAAAUCGAGAAAACAAGGAAACUCGUACAACAAGCCGAACGGGCUCAGCUCAAGAUCCUGCAGCGCAAAAGGGAAUGGGAGGAGCUUUACAAGAGCAAACCUGAUGAUGACUAUGAGGAUCCCAGAGAUGUCCAGGCCAUCAAAGAAGCCCAGACAUUCAUGGGAGAUUUCAAUCUGAAGACAGCCGCGGACUACAAAAUUCCCGAGCACAUGAGAAUCAACGCGGCCAAGAAGGAGGAGGAACUGGGGCUCCUUGACACGAUGGCCCACGGAAAGAAGCGGGACAUGAACAAGUGCAUACUUUCCCUUCGAGAUCUCAAGUUGGCCGUCAUCGAGGAGAUCCAGUGCCUGGUACAAGAACUGAAGACCAUUCAGUCUUCCAUCCCCCCGGCCAAGCACAUGACCAUCCCCCAAGUCCCGCAGAUAUAUCCAGAAGAAGUUCCAGAAAGGAGAUUUCAGUACGACGAGGAAACACUCUUGAGAUUUAAGAGGAAGCAGCAGAAGCAGCGGCAGGAUGACAAGAGCAGCAACAGCAGCAAGCAGUCAGGAUCUGGGGCCUCAACUGGGGGAGGGCUAGGGUUCCUCAAACUGUCCUCUGGCAAGGAAGGAGACCUGACAACGAGAGACUCCCUGUCUCGGUCGUCCAAGGCAUUUGCUUUCCUGGAGCUUCCAAAGGCAACCGAGUUUGAGAAGGCGGAGCCAAGCGACGUGGAGUUGGAGAUUAUGAAGAGAGAUGAGGUUAAACAUUUGUACAUGCAACAAUUUUUGUGCAACAGGAUCAAAGAGCUGACUGUCACUUUCGAUGCAGAACUUCAUCUUCUAAGACAUCAGAAACUGAAGCUGGACACUCAGAUGAAAUUAUCUGACCUACACCACGUCACGCUAUUUCAAGAAAUGCUUCUCCUCAAGAAUUUUGAGAAACAGGAAAAUAUUCUUCAAGAGCGAGUUAACUCCUUAGACCGAGAGGAGCAAGACAUGCAAUGGAAAAUAAACGAAACUCUUAAAGAGAUGGAAGACAAAAAGAAUGAAAUCAACAAACUCCAGGAGCAGGAAAAGUCGCUCUACUCUGGCUUCCAGUCAGCCCUCGGAGAAAACAAUAAAUUUGCAAACUUCCUCAUGAAGGUCCUGAAGAAGAAGAUUAAGCGGUCGAAAAAGAAGGAAGUUGAAGAAGCCGACGAAGAUGAAGAGAGCGAGGAGUCCAGUGAAGAGGAGUCCAGCCUGGAGAGCGAUGAGGGCGAGUCCGGCUCUGAAGAUGAGGUUUUCGAUGAUUCCAUCUGCCCUUCCAAUUGUGAUUUAAGUCUUUUUGAACUGGCCCUCCAACUUCGAGAGAAAAGACUGGACAUUGAAGAAGCCCUGGUUGAAGAAAAGAAAGUUGUUGAUAACCUGAAAAAAGAAUAUGACACAAUCUCCAAAAAGGUAAAAGUUGUGGCGACAAAUCUGAAUGCAGCCGAGGAAGCCCUGGAGGCUUAUCAGCGAGAGAAGCAGCAGAGGUUGAAUGAGCUGCUGGUUGUCAUCCCUCUCAAGCUCCACCAGAUAGAGUAUGUGGUAUUUGGGGAGGUGCCUGAAGACCUCUCUGGGACCUUGAUCUUCUCCAACCACUCCCUCGAUCGGCUGCAAGAAAGAAUCGUACAGCUCCAGGAGGAAAACGCCAAGCAGCAAAAACUUAACAGAGAAUGCAGGGAGAGGCGGAAGCUGCUCAUCCGGGAAAAGAGAGAGAUGGCGAAAACCAUCAGCAAAAUGGAUGAAACUGUCCGAGAGCUAAUGAUCAGCAAGUUUGGCCGCGUGAUCGAUCUGGAAGCCCUCCAGACCCUUUCUGUUAACACAACCCUUGAAGAACUGAAGAUCAAAAAGCUUCGGAAGGAGCUAUCCAAUGCAAAGGAGAUAAGGAUGUGGGAGGAAAAGAUUGCUCAGGUGCGCUGGGACCUGAUGAUGAAGACGAAGGAGCACACCAAAAAGCUUCACCAGAUGAACGACCUGUGCCUCGAGAAGAAGAAACUUGAUUCCAGGUUGAACACACUCCAGAACCAGCAGGGAAACGCCUUCCAGGGCCCCCGGAAAGCAGAUAUAGUGGCAAAGCAGAGAGUCACCGAACUGGUCCAAACCCAGUCAGAAAAGAUCUCUGCGUUAAAGGAAGAGAUCGCGCUUUUGCGGAAGAAGGGGGGGCUCAUCCUACCUCCCAUCGCGCCCAUGCAAGAGAAUGAAAUGAGGCACAUGGACGCUUAAGAGUGCUGUCUUCUCAUUUCCACCCAAGAGUUUCAGAGGAAUUCACCAGUCUCCAUUCCCAUUGCCCACAACAAUCCUCUUGCUUUAAAGCGAACCAUAGUGAGAUCUUCAAAAAAGACUCCCGCGCCGUGACUUAACGCUAUUUCCCUAGGUUAGAGAUCACCGAGACACUGACGUGUACUUAGGACUGUGCUGAGUUACGUGUUUUCACCCUAAGCUGAGUAUGAAGAAGGCCGAAUCUCAUAGCUGCAAGAAGGCCGCGGUUAGACGUGUUUCCAGAAAAAUAUCUGUUUUCUCCGGUAUUCCGAAUCUGUAGCCUUUGGCAAGGAAAACUAUUAUUCAGCAACCCAGGAAGAAACUUCCUUCCCUUAGUCCUUGGAUCUUUAGAAAAUAAACUGUGUUAAAUAGUCUGCAAAAGGACACGAGAGAGAGAAAAAGCAAACCAUCCUGCCAAUAAUAACUUAGAGUAAGAAACACAAAUCUGAACGUUGCUAUUGUUGACUUCAUAAAGCAGUCAACAUAAAGAGGGCUCGGGACUGAGGAAAAACACAGACAGACACAGCAAAAC